ACAUUUGCCAACUUUCCAUUUCCCUUAGGGUAAGUGUACUCUUGUAUUCCCGCUUGUGAUUGUGAGCAGUGAGCACAGAAGAAUAGAAAAAAUGGCGCGAGGGAAGACGAAGAAGAAGAGGGACGAUGAUGAUGGAGAUGAAGACAUGGAGGCGACAAACCCAGAAGUCACAGAGCGCAACAGGCUCAAAUCCUUGGCCUUCUCCAACAACAUUCUCUCUGAGACUCCAGCCAGAAGCUCCAUCCACCUCAACCCUUCUUCCAUCGUCGCCAAGCAUCACGGCAAAGACAUCAUCAAGAAAUCUCACAGGAAAAGCAGCAGGUUCCUCUUCUCCUUCCCUGGUCUCUUUGCUCCUGUUGCUGGUGGCAAGAUCGGUGAUCUCAAAGAUUUGGGUACCAAAAACCCCAUUCUCUAUCUCGAUUUUCCACAGGGGCGAAUGAAGUUAUUUGGGACUAUUGUAUAUCCAAAGAACAGAUACUUGACUCUACAGUUCUCUAGAGGUGGAAAGAGUGUUAUGUGUGAAGAUUUUUUUGAUAACAUGAUUGUAUUUUCGGAUGCAUGGUGGAUUGGGAGGAAAGAUGAGAACCCAGAAGAAGCCAGACUGGAAUUUCCUAAGGAAUUGUAUGAGGGACAGCAAGCUGAAUAUGACUUUAAAGGGGGUGCAGGUGCAGGUGCAGCUUCUGUAGUUAAUCAAGGUGUUACCAGAACCAGGGUUCAACCUGCAGAGGAAGAUUCACCAGAGACACCCAUUGAAGAUGAUUUAUCUGAGGAGAGUGAAAUCAAUUUAAAAGACACAAAGGAAUUGGUUCCAGUCCGCCAUUCAGCUAGAACUGCGACAAAAUCAUACAAGUUUGCUGAGCCUUCUUCAGGUGAUUCUGGUGAAAGCAGUCCUGACCUUUCCGAACAUGAAGAAAAAGUAGAAGUUGACACUAGUGCGAAUGGUCAUAAUACCGCAAAGAUAGAAACUGUAGUUAUUGACAUCGACGAUGGGGGCGAUGCAGCAGGAGAUCAACUUCCGACGGAAAAUAAAGAGUGUGCUUCCGAGUCAAAACGCAAGAAAGUGUAUCAAUCUGCUUCAGGUACUGCAACUACUGAAGUUGUUUCCAGUACUCGUGGCUCACUUGUUCAGGCUACUAUAUCUACAUUAUUCAAGAAAGUGGAAGAAAAGAAGGCUCCAAGAGAUUCAAAGAAAUCUUUAUCAUCAAAAGCUUCUGGCUUUGGUUCAAAAAGGAAGACUGAUCUGGAUGAAGGAUCAAGAAAAAGGGCAAGAAAGACCAAGGACAAAGAUCCAGGUGAAAAAGUCAAGGAAGAAAGCAAGGAUUCCAAGGUUGAAGAUGAUGAAGACGAUGAUGACAUUGAAGAAUUCUCAAAUGCAGCAGAGGGUACUGAUGCAAGCGAUGAAGACUGGGCUGCUUGAGAGUGUGAUCUGAGUUGUGGAUACUAGGCACAUAGAUGACAGGGCAAGGUCAUGCUAGUAAUGUGAUGAUGCCCUUUGACUUGUUAAGAAUUAAGAUAGAUGAACUGUGAGGACUAAGCUUUGCAUACCGAUCACUAUUCACUUUGGUGCAUAAUAUGGGAGAAGAUGUACCUUGGGGUUAUGAUAGGGAAAGAAUGAUACUCGUUCACUGUUAACCAAUUCAAUAUUUAUCUCACAGAAGGUAGUCAUUACCUAGUGUUAUACUUUCAAGUAUCUUUUGAAGAGGUCUACAAGGAUGCAUUGACACUAAAGAAGCAAGAUUAUGGACAUCGAAUUUAAACUAGCAUGUGCUUGUACUUAGAUAAAACAAAUGAAUUAAAUUAGUGUCCCUGUUUUUUCAAUUGAGUUAUGAAUGUUCUUGAUGUUGAUGAUUGACAAUUGUUUAUCUUGUAUACUUGUUUGGGGGUAUUAUUUCCAUCACCCUUCAACCA